AUCCCGGAUGUCAACAAACGAUAUCAACAACAGGGAAGUGUCAACGCUUCGUUGUUACAGAUUUUCCAAUGGAUUAACCGAGAUUUGAUAAUUAAUGUUACAGUCACUCGUGUACAUUCUGAAAGGAACUAUGAGUGAGUUCUGUUGAUUCUACGCUAGUUUAGCUUUUGACGAAGACUUUCAACAUGAGGUCCGAUUCUCCUCUCUCCAGCGUCAACGUAGUGCUUGUUAUGGCCUACGGAAGUCUGGUGUUUGUGCUGCUGUUCAUCUUUGUGAAGAGGCAGAUCAUGCGCUUCGCCAUGAAGUCUCGUAGAGGACCACAUGUACCCUUGGGCCACAACGCUCCAAAGGAGCUGAGACAGGAGAUAGACUCUGGUCUGUCCAAGGUUCAGGAGAUCCGAUUUGAGCCACGCCUGCUGUCUGAACAGGACGACAGACUACAGAGUGGAGGUUGCUAUGACUACCUAUACAGAAUGAGGGCACUAGAUGCCAUAAGAGACUCUGAUAUUCCGUUCAGUGAGUUGGGAGGGACUCCCACAGCUGUGACAGGGAGGAGAUUCCGCGCCUGGCUUCUAGAUCUGAGGACUUCCCAUUCCCUGUUCUGCAGCAGCCGUAGUUCCCUCAUAGACACACUGCUGGAGGGCUACCACAACGCUCGCCACGGCACCGGGGUGUUUGGAGAAGCAGAGUUUGUCAAAUACAAGGAAGCCCUGAACGAACUGGCCUCUGUUAGUUCUUCUUCUCUCCCCAGUGUGAAGAGCCACUCCAGUUCCACCAGUCUGGACCAGCAUCACCAGUUAGCAGCUAAAGACCUGACCAGUACCCCAGAGCCCACCCUCCCCUCUCCCCCCUCCCAGGUCACAUACCUGCCGUCAGCUGGGCAACGCACCAAACGACCAAAACACUUCCUGGAACUCAAGAACUUUAAAGACAAGUACAACACCUUGGAAAGCACAUUCUGAGAACUACAAUCUCCUAUGGCAUAACACAAGACACUACAAUUCCCGACAACUUGCUGCCUCUGACAACUGCAACUCCCUACAACCCUGAGAACUUACAACUCCCUAGAAAACAACCUGAAAACUACAACAACUUCUCUGCUACUACUUUAAAUCUGUUUUGUUGCGAGUACUGGACUCACUUCCCUUCUCUAUUUUCAAAGUAGAUCGCCUAGUGAAAAGAAACAAAUCUGUCAUUCUGCCCCUGAACAGGCAGUUAACCCACUGUUCCUAGGCCGUCAUUGUAAAUAAGAAUUUGUUCUUAACUGACUUGCCUAGUUAAAUAAAGGUUCAAUAAAAAGAAAUGAAGGUAGUGAUAAGUAGAGCUCCUGGAGGUGACAGAUACUGGGGUUUGUGGUGAAAGAAGAGGUUGGUGAGUUAGUUUAGUGAGAGACUUGUUAGUGCCAGCAGAGAGAGAAGAGACUUGGUAGGGUUGGUACUUGGUACAGUUGGGAAGACUGGAGCACAGCAGUAUAGGAAAGACAGUAACAUUACGCUGCCUUACUAGUCCUGAGGAAAAACACUGCCUACUAUCUAUCAUGCAUCUCACAUAAUAAAUGGUGCACUAGAUUUAAGCUUAUUUGACCUUAAACAUUGUUGUGAACUUUUGCACAGACUUUGCAGGUAGAUCAUCAUGUAGGGCUAUACAAAAGAGACCAGACAAGCUACAUGCAGAAUGCAUUAAUGCAGUGUUUCCCAAACUUGGUCCUGGGGACCCGAAGUGGUGCACGUUUGGGGUUUUGCCUUAGCACUACACAACUUACUCAAAUAAUCAACUAAUCAUCAAGCUUUGAUUAUUUGAAUGAGCUGUGUCGUCCUAGAGCAAGACCUGAAACGUACAUCUCUUGGGGUCCCCAGGACUGAGUUUGGGAAACGAUGCAUUAAUGCACAGUGUCAGAGUAAGACUUGUUUAUAAUGUGUUCAGUGCUAACUAAGCUAUUGAUGGACUAACGUUAUAGCAGACCAGCGUUCCUCACAAUGGCCCUGGAGAGCUACAGUACAGGCUGUGCAGGCUUUUGUUCCCGCCUAGCACUAACACACCAAUCAAGCUGAUUAGUAGAAUCCGGUUUGUCACUGUUGAGCUGGAACAGUACAGCCUGUAACUCUGCAGGACUAGUACAUAAGAACUAUGGAUUAUUCCAGUAUUACUGCUUUUCCAGUAUUAUUGUCCUGUUGCCAGCACUUGUUUAGGGCAGAGCCAUGUAUUUACAUAUACAGUGCCUUGCGAAAGUAUUCGGCCCCCUUGAACUUUGCGACCUUUUGCCACAUUUCAGGCUUCAAACAUAAAGAUAUAAAACUGUAUUUUUUUGUGAAGAAUCAACAACAAGUGGGACACAAUCAUGAAGUGGAAUGACAUUUAUUGGAUAUUUCAAACUUUUUUAACAAAUCAAAAACUGAAAAAUUGGGCAUGCAAAAUUAUUCAGCCCCUUUACUUUCAGUGCAGCAAACUCUCUCCAGAAGUUCAGUGAGGAUCUCUGAAUGAUCCAAUGUUGACCUAAAUGACUAAUGAUGAUAAAUACAAUCCACCUGUGUGUAAUCAAGUCUCCGUAUCAAUGCACCUGCACUGUGAUAGUCUCAGAGGUCCGUUAAAAGCGCAGAGAGCAUCAUGAAGAACAAGGAACACACCAGGCAGGUCCGAGAUACUGUUGUGAAGAAGUUUAAAGCCGGAUACAAAAAGAUUUCCCAAGCUUUAAACAUCCCAAGGAGCACUGUGCAAGCGAUAAUAUUGAAAUGGAAGGAGUAUCAGACCACUGCAAAUCUACCAAGACCUGGCCGUCCCUCUAAACUUUCAGCUCAUACAAGGAUCAGAGAUGCAGCCAAGAGGCCCAUGAUCACUCUGGAUGAACUGGAUGAACUGCAGAGAUCUACAGCUGAGGUGGGAGACUUUGUCCAUAGGACAACAAUCAGUUGGCCUUUAUAGAAGAGUGGCAAGAAGAAAGCCAUUUCUUAAAGAUAUCCAUAAAAAGUGUUGUUUAAAGUUUGCCACAAGCCACCUGGGAGACACACCAAACAUGUGGAAGAAGGUGCUCUGGUCAGAUGAAACCAAAAGUGAACUUUUUGGCAACAAUGCAAAACGUUAUGUUUGGCGUAAAAGCAACACAGCACAUCAUCCCCACUGUCAAACAUGGUGGUGGCAGCAUCAUGGUUUGGGCCUGCUUUUCUUCAGCAGGGAUAGGGAAGAUGGUUAAAAUUGAUGGGAAGAUGGAUGGAGCCAAAUACAGGACCAUUCUGGAAGAAAACCUGAUGGAGUCUGCAAAAGACCUGAGACUGGGACGGAGAUUUGUCUUCCAACAAGACAAUGAUCCAAAACAUAAAGCAAAAUCUACAAUGGAAUGGUUCAAAAAUAAACAUAUCCAGGUGUUAGAAAGGCCCAAGUCAAAGUCCAGACCUGAAUCCAAUCGAGAAUCUGUGGAAAGAACUGAAAACUGCUGUUCACAAAUGCUCUCCAUCCAACCUCACUGAGCUCGAGCUGUUUUGCAAGGAGGAAUGGGAAAAAAUUUCAGUCUCUCGAUGUGCAAAACUGGUAGAGACAUACCCCAAGCGACUUACAGCUGUAAUCGCAGCAAAGGGUGGCGCUACAAAGUAUUAACUUAAGGGGGCUGAAUAAUUUUGCACGCCCAAUUUUUCAGUUUUUGAUUUGUUAAAAAUGUUUGAAAUAUCCAAUAAAUGUCGCUCCACUUCAUGAUUGUGUCCCACUUGUUGUUGAUUCUUCACAAAAAAAUACAGUUUUAUAUCUUUGUUUGAAGCCUGAAAUGUGGCAAAAGGUCGCAAAGUUCAAGGGGGCCGAAUACUUUCGCAAGGCACUGUAUAUUGCUCUGGUUUAGGGCUAUUGUUACAAGGAAAUGAACAUGUUACACAGUCUGACGGUUGUCUAUUUGCUGCAUAAAAAUUAUUAUACUUUUUAGAGUCUACAAUGUUUUCUUGUUGCUGAAAUAUUUUUUUGUAUUCCAUUUUUGAAGAUAAUUAUUUAGAAUAAAGCAUUCAUGUUAUGUG